GCUGGAUUGACACACAAUGAGGAGCAGAGGCUGGGGAGACGCUCCACAAACGCCGCUGUAAAUAAAUACAACAAUCACUGAGGCCAGAGAAACAUGGAGAACCAGUGCACAGUGCAGGUAAAGCUGGAGCUGGGUCACAGAGCCCAGCUGAGAAAGAAGGUGACAUCGGAAGGCUUCACCCACGACUGGAUGGUGUUUGUCCGAGGGCCAGAGACCGGCGACAUCCAGCACUUUGUAGAGAAAGUUGUCUUCCGCCUGCACGAGAGCUUCCCCAAACCCAAGAGAGUAUGCAAGGAGCCUCCAUACAAAGUGGAGGAGUCGGGCUACGCAGGCUUCCUCAUGCCCAUUGAGGUUUACUUUAAGAACAAGGAGGAGCCAAAAAAGGUGUGUUUCAACUACGACCUAUUCCUCAACUUGGAGGGGAACCCGCCAGUCAACCACCUGCGCUGUGAGAAGCUCACCUUCAACAACCCCACCAAAGAAUUCAGGAGAAAGCUGAUCAAAGCUGGAGGGGUAUUAGUCGUUCCAGAGGGGGCUGAAGCCGUGUCGAGGCCCAGUCCAGACUACCCGAUGCUCCCCACCAUCCCCCUCUCUGCCUUCUCAGACCCCAAGAAGACCAAGACCUCUCACGUGUCAAAGGAGCCCAGCAAAGAGGGAAGUGGUGGCAGCAGCAAAGGACCCAAACCGCACAAACUGACCAAGGAGCACCGUGAACGGCCCCGAAAAGACUCUGAGAGCAAAGCCACAUCAAAAGGAGACAACGACAGAGACGGAAGCAGCAAGAGUGGCCGCGACCCUUCCUCAUCCUCAUCCUCAUCUUCAAAAAAGCCGUCGGAGAUCAAAGUGAAAGAUGAAGUUAAAGUUCUACCCAAGGCUGCCUUCAAGGAGCCCAAACUCACCCUGAAGGAGUCAAAGAUGGAGGGCAUGUCCCCCAAAGGAGGGGGGGCUGGGAGCGGAGGUGGUGGCGGGGGAGGAGGCGGGGGAGGGCCCGCAGAGUCUAAAGCCCCGGGGAAACGACCCUCCACUGUCGAGUCUCCCAAACCCAGCGCGAAGAAACAGAAGAAAGGCAGCUCGGAGGGGCCGAAGGUGCCAAGCGGCGGGGCGUUCACAGGAACUUCUCCCCGCGUCUCCUCCUCGUCUACAGCCAGCCAGCCAUACGCAGAGAAGAAACCUCCCAAGGAUAAAGGUCGCUGGCCAAAAGGCAAGAAUGACGCACAGGAGCCCAAAGAGCCCAAGAAACUUCCAGAGUCAGAAGAGUCGAAUUCAGAGGAUGAAGCAUCAUCGAAGUCAGAGCAAUCGGCUGCUUCCAGUGCUUCUAACUCCAGUUCGAGUUCUGACUCCAGUUCAGAUUCGGACUUUGAGCCGGGACAGAAACAAGGACAAGGCCCCCUUCGAUCGAUGGUGGAGGAGAUCCAGUCAGAAGAGUCGGACGAUGACGACAGCAGCUCAGAGGAGGAGACGCCCAUCAAGACCAACCCCCCCAACCGCGACUCUCGACUCAGCCUGGACAGCGAGAGUGACAGCAGCGACGGCUCGCACAGCCCCAGUCGAGACCCCGCCCCGCCCCCACAGAAACACAGCUCCUCCAACAACAAAGUUUCAGGCAGAAAGAGUCCAGAUUCCUCGUUUCGCUCAGAGAAGGUGUUGAAGAAGGGAUACGACAAGGUAGGAAGGGCCUACACAGAAGAACUGGUGGACCUCCACCGCAGACUGAUGGCUUUAAGGGAGCGUAACGUCCUGCAGCAGAUUGUGAACCUGAUCGAGGAGACGGGUCACUUCAACGUGACCAACACCACCUUUGACUUUGACCUCUUUUCACUGGACGAGUCCACCGUCCGCAAACUACAGAGCUACCUGGAGGCAACGGCCACGUGACAGGCAGUGGAGACCGGCGUGGGGAAACCGGCCUGUGGAUGGCGGCAGCGACGGAGGUAGACUCGCCGCCACCACCUCGCCUCCUCUUUUUUUUUUUUUUUAUAAGGAGGGGACGAGCAGCCACAUCACGUCGCAGCUAGCUGUCUCACAGGCCCGAAUGAACCAUCGAACAACUACCACACAAACAGAAACACACGAACAAACGCAAGCACACAUGAAGACACCUUCACGUGAUGCUAGGGAGGAAGGAGGAGGUGUGGAGGGGGGGAGGUGGUGGAGGAGGAGGAGCGGAGUGGUUGAACUCCGUCUACAGGCAGGAUUUUCACUACACAUCUUUCUUUUUUGGGGGGUCUGUGCAGAGCUGUGGUAUGCACCCCACACUCCCUCCUUCACCCUCCUGCACUCCCGCCUUUACAAACCCAAUACUUCCCCUCCUCCUCCUCCUCCACCACCUCCCCCUUCACACGCACACUCCUUACUUGGCAGAACACUUCAGUCCCCUUCCCCCUGCUGUCAGCUGGAGCUCAUUUCUCUCUCGACAUACUCUUUGACUUGUGUGUGUGUGUGUGUGUGUGUGUGUGUGUGUGUGUGUGUGUGUGUGUGUGUGUGUGUGUGUGUGUGUGUGUGUGUGUGUGUGUGUGUGUGUGUGUGUGUGUGUGUGUGUGUGUGUGUGUGUGUGUGUGUGUGUGUGUGUGUGUGUGUGUGCACAUGCUGAGGUUUAAGAGGAGAUGUUGUCUUUGUGGUAACCGACUUCUCUUUGUUCGUGAAGCUCGAGCACAAACAACAGCCGGUUUCCCUCCUUCUCACACACAACAAACAAAUACAGAUUCAUGUCAUAAUUUACUUUUAAGGCCCGUUCCCUGUUAAGCAUUCAUAAGCAGCGUGUAAAUUAUGAAUUAACGGUUUAUAACACACUGUAAUGUAGUUGCAAGCAGCUAUAAGUAUACAUGUAGUAUACAAGUAUACUACAACUCCUCCGACAUGGCCGUUCGUUCAUACACUGACUGACAAUAUGGUAACAUACAAACCUACUGUACCUUAAUAAAACACUUGAAAUGGUCCUUAUAUCCAAAUUAGAGUGUUAUAAAUCUUCACAGUGCUUAUAAAUGCUAAAUAGGAAAGUGGUGCCCAGGUUCAUGCACACGUUUGUCUCCCAGGUCCUGAUACUUAAAGGGAUUCAGAAGUGCUGAAGCGGGGUUGUUCAAGGAUUCAUCCAUAGUCAGUGUAUUACUGACAGUAGAUGGAGGUCAGCACGCCCCCAUGUUGGAGAAGUAGGCAGGAGUACCGACACAGAAGCUCAGCGAUGUACGCUGUGCAUGGGGGCAGCAGCUAGGCAUAUUUAAGCCACCUAAAGAAAAAUAAACGGCUUCUCUUUGGAAAGGGCUGUCUUGGCGGCACAUAAAGCAGUAAAAAUAUUCUAAAUGUAUCAUAAACUGCAACUAAAAUGUUUUUAAAAUGUGUUUUACUGUUGCCCCCUUACACAGCAUAGACUAUAUAUAUAUAAAGAUGGACGCCCAAAACAUCUCCAUCUCCCCCUGCUGGCUGCAAUAUAUGUGAUAAAUCCUGCUCCCUUAAUGGUACGAGCCAAACUAAAAACUCAAAAGUACACAAAAAUAACAUUUUGUUUUCUAUCAUUUAAGGCAGAUCUUUGUUCCAGUGUUUGUUUUUUCAGAUAGGUUUGAAUUUAAUUAGUUAUUUGCUGGGCGUGUAACUUUAUGAUUGACAGGUCUGGUUGUGCUCUGAUUGGGUCGGGCUACUGUUUUAGGGGCAGGAACUUGAUACUGUGUCUCACUGAUACGUGGACUUUCGCUCCAAAUGACAUCAAGGGGGGAGGUGGAGACGCAUCGUAGUGUGUCUGCACUCCUGCCUGCUUCUCCAAACUUGGGGCGUGCUGACCGCCAUCUACUGUCAGUAAUACAGUCAUUAUCGAGAAGUACCUCAUAACUCCGCUUCAAAAAACCUGAACUUACCCUUUAAGGCUGUACACGAGGACACUGGGAAGUGUGUGUGUGUGUGUGUGUGUGUGUGUGUGUGUGUGUGUGUGUGUGUGUGUGUCUGUGUGUGUGUGUGUGUGUGUGUGUGUGUGUGUGUGUGUCUGUGUGUGUGUGUGUCUGUCUGUGUGUGUGUGUGUCUGUGUGUGUGUGUGUGUGUGUGUGUGUGUGUGUGUGUGUGUGUGUGUGUGUGUGUGUGUGUGUGUGUGUGUGUGUGUGUGUGUGUGUGAGACUCUGUUUUGGAUGAGGUUUCUCUGUUGUCGAAACAUUUGAAAACACGUGUUCUGUUGAGUUUCCCCUCCUUGCACUGAAAGCUGAGCCUUGACCUCCUACCAACAGCCCCCCCUCUUCCCCCUGAAGCCCCCUCACUCCAUCCCUCCUCCUCCUCUUCCCUUAUUCUCAUAUUGGCGUGCAUGAAAGGGCUCGACUGCUCGCGGCCAGAGCAGUGGAGGAUCACUCCUGAAUUGCCUUCUAAGUGGUGGGGUCGGGUUUGGGGAGGGGGGUUUAAAAAGAAAAAAAAAAGCCGUGAAAAAGUAGCCAUACUUCUCUCCCAGUAUCCAAAAAUAAGGAAAAAGAAAAAAUAGGGGCCACGCUUUUUUACGUUUUAUUUUUCUACAAGUGCAUUUUGUGUAUUUAUUCCCAGACUGCGGUUAAAUAACCUGUGAGCUAUGAAUGUAUAUCGCUUUUACUUUUCUACGGCUAGCAACAGCCCCACUCUAGUGCCUUUUUCUGCAACUUGCAGUGUGAGGGGGGGGUGUGCGCUCUGUUAGCCAUGGUCACACAGAUUGAAACCCCCCCAAUACCCCCCUCGGGGAAACAAGUGUUAAUAGGGAUGCCUGAAUAUCCAGUAUUGUCUUAAUGGCUUCCAUCCCUGCUUCUCCUCCUCCAGUGUCUUUGUAGGCCUUUUAUCAAUGACAUUUCUGUUCAUCAAGCCCUCAAGAAAUCUUAAGACCACCGUUUUUUCUUCCCCGGCGGUGGUCAUGUUUUUAUGUUCUUGCUUUCUGAGAUUAGGUUCAGUGUUUUAAAAAAGGAAGCGUCAGGUGACUGUGUGGUCACGUUAAAUUGCUCAGCUGUGUCGUGUGUUUCGUGGGACGGUUGUCGUUGAAAGGGGUCGGGGUUCCCUCUUCAAUCGGUUUGAAAUAUCUGAGUGUUUUGAUACUGAGUUACCAGGCACUUAAAGAUCAUCAACAAAGGGCAUGUAGGCAGAAAAAUAAGCUAAAGAAAACCUUCCUCAUGUUUUCUUUUCCCCAAAUAUCUGAAAUGUCUCUCUCAGGGGGCCUGCAUCAAGAAGCAAGAUCAGUAGGUUACACAAAUAUCAUUAAAGGAAAACGUCGGUAUUUACUAAUCUGGAUCCUAUUUUCCUUUUUUUUUUUGUGUCAAAGUGACUAAUGGGGAACAUUUUUUUAAAAUUUCUUGACUUUUCUAGAAACGAAAGGUGAAGAAGGAAAUGCUUUAAGGUCUCUGUGUAGGGUCUUUUCCAAUAAUGUUGUCAAAAUUAUAAUACAAAUCUGAGCCUUUCAGCUGCAAAAACAAACACUUUAAGUGCAUGUACACUGAUGGUGCGUAUUUGCCUUGGAGGGUUACAUCUGCAGCUGAAUACUGGACCAAUUUCAAAAAAUGUUGUCCCCAUUAGUCUAUUAGCCACAAAACAUGUAUGGAAUUAGGGUCCAGGUUGAAAAAGACCACAAUAUUCCCUUUAAACCAGGCUGACCGGUCUCACAGAGCAGGAUCACUAAAUCAGUACUGCUUCACUGAAGUUUCACUUUAGAGGAUCACAUCAAAACCUUUUAAUGUUUGCAGUUAGCCUCCAGCUUUAUGCUGCAGUUACUUUGAAUUUGAAGAAAGAUAGAAGCACAAGUAUCAAUAAUCAGUUCCUUGUUACUUAAGAUCACCUUUAUAACAAGUCUAUGUACAAUUUAAUGAAACCGAUAUAUAAUAAUGUCCACUAUUGGCUAGAGUCUGAUUACUUUUAACAUUUGAUUUUUGCAUUUUUCACCAUUGUGUUCACUUUUUUAUGUGUAAAUAUUGUCACAGUUACUGUAUGUUGCCUACUUUUGUUGUUCUUUUUAUACAUCUUAUUUUUUUUUUUUUUUAAACCUCGCAGAAUGUUACUUUUUACUGCACUGACAAAAGUUCCCCUGAGAUUUAAAAGUUUUAUCUUAUGCUGUUCACACCAAAUGUGAAGUGAAAUUUUAGCCGGUGUAAGCAAGGCCACCCAUUCUUCCCGUCACCAACUGUGAACAAAAUAACCACUAUUGCUGCUUUGUACCUCUUGUGGAAGUCUCAGGUUAGUUUGAAAACCAAACACGUCUGGGUUCAUAACAUCACUCAGAGGUACACACAGCUCAGUGAAUUUUAACGCCUUCUCCAGGAACUUUAUCUGGAUGACUGCUGCUACGGCACCACUAACACAGUGUGAACCCAAACUAAACUGAUUUUGUCUUUGAUUUUACUGUGAUAAACUGAUCCAAAGUAUGCUGAAAUAACUGCAGCAUGAUGCAGAGUUGUAAAGCAAUUUAUAUUCAUAAUUUUUCAGGUCUGUUUGCAAGAUGCAAGCAAACAACUUUAAAAACACUUGUUUACUGAAUGGACUUUAGACUGAUCAGGACGAUGCUACGCAGGAGAAUCUUACUGAUAGGCUAUAGUGUGAAAAAUUUGCUUUGCAUUUGGUGUGAACACACUAUUCUAGUAAUAAUGUGAUUAUUCUUGUUGUGCCUCUUUGAUGUAAACAAACUGUGACCCACUUUGGGUAAAUCGUGGGUUAACAGAUCCAGCAGCCAGCUUUGUGAGACCAGUUUCCAGGAUCAACAGUGCUUUUUAAGUUUUGUGAAGCCAGAAAGCCCAAAGAAAGCCAAAAUGAGGUGAACUUGAUUCUUGAUUCAGGCCCCUGGUGUGUUAGUUCCUGUGGCCCCUCUAGGCUUUACACACACACACACACACACACACACACACACUCACACACUGACACUGACACCGACACCAGCCCACUGUGGUACAAACCUUCACUGAGCUCCCUCCCUCCCCUCCUCUGUUUUCUUCCUGCCGACAGUGUUUUUAUUCUGACACUUCGAUAGCUUUAAUACUUCUCUCUCUCUUCUUCUGUUGCCUGCCUGGCUCAGCGACAUGUACACUCUUCCUCUAGCCCUUACUGUAAACGCCGUCUGAGCACAGAAAAUGUGUCUAAAAAAAAAAAAAAAAAAAAGAUAAAGACAAAACCUGGAUUCCUGCCGCCUUAUGUGCCCUGCAGUAACCCCCCCAGCCCUCUCCUGCCCUCACUUCUUCCCCCCCGUCCCACCCUCAUCUUCUAGGUGUGCCUCUGUCAACAGAACUUCAGGCCGUGAUUACUGAGAAUGAACUUUGCAACUUUGUGUGAGUGUGACGUUUGUGCAACUGCGAGUGUGUCUGUCAGCGAUGGGAGAGAUUUUAAAAACCAACCUUCCUGUCCUCUCUUCUGUGCAUCGAUGUGGGAACUUUUAAGUCCUCGUUCAUGAACUCUGACCUUUGACCAGGCACUCAUUCAGUCCCUUGUUGUGGUGGUUGAGAAGGGGAGGUUACGUUGGGGACUCGUUGAGAGAAGCCCCACUGUCUGCCCACAGUCAAUGUUUUAUUUAUGGACCUCUGCACUUUUGGCUGUGAUGACUUCAGUACUUAAGUAGUUACCUGAACUGUAUUUUUAAGGAUUUUAUACAAUAUUUACAUGCAAUACGAUAUGAAUUUGAUUUGUUUUUCUUUGCCAACCUUUUUGUUUGUUUGUUUGUUUCUUAUUUAAUUGUCUUCAUUUUUGGCAUGAUUUGUCACUAUUAUUCACAAACAAACAUGCCCGUUGGAUCUAUUUUAGGCGUUAUGGGGGGAUGUUCCCUGUAUGUUUCUGUGUGUCAUGAUUCUGAUGACAGCUGAACGCCAAGAAGCAGGUGUAGGAAAAUGUUUGCUGGAUGAGCUAAACUUUAUCACCCUUUGCUUCCAGUAGGAAAAACUGGACCAGACUCUGUCGAGCUAAACAACGUUUAUUUUUUGUCAAGUCCGGUUAUGAUUUGAGUGUUUCAGUCUUUACCCAAACAAAAACGGUCACCUAAUUUUUAUUAUGUUAAGAGAACUUGAGCCUGAAGAAACACGUCAUAGGAAACAGCAGAGUUGUGAAGUGGGUCGGAGCUGUUGCAAGCGCCGCUGGUACCCCCCCCCCCCCCCCUUUUGGCUUUUACCGCUUUGAUCAACAUGAACUCCUGAUAACCAUUGAGUCCAAAUGAUUCAAACAUGUUUAAAAUGUAUAUGUUUAUUUAGGGCUGUACCAAAUAGUUUGAAGCUUCAUUCAUAACGUUGACAUUCAAAUUCUAUUCCCUUCUUUUUUUUUUUAAAUGUCUUUUCACUCUGUUAAAACCCGGUAUUUCUGCACAGUUGCAGAUAAAAAUCCAGCAACACUAAUAAUAUUAUUAUUAUACUAUUUUUAGCAUUAGAUUCCAGUGGUGGCUGCGGAGGAUUGUUUACACCUCAUGUGAUCAAACAUGUCCAGUAACUCCACAGUGUUGUAAAGUUCAGAAGUCAUA